GCUUGCCAAUACAAAAGUGACUAGAAAUUGGCAAAAGUUGAAAUUCUUGGAAAGAUGAAGUUAUUUACGGGACUAUUGGUUAUCGCUUUAGUAGUCGUUCUCGCUGAAGGCCAACGAGGAGGUCCAGGUGGACCAGGAGGCCUAGGUGGACCAAGAGGACCAAGGGGACCAGGUGGCCCAGGAGGACCAGGUGGACCAGAAGGGCCAGGAGGACCAGGCGGACCAGAAGGUCCUGGUGGUCCAGGUGGCCACCUUGGUGGUGGUCCAGCUCCACCUCCACUUCCAUGCCUACCCUCAAACUCCACUCUCUCUCCUUCGACCUCAACAACCGCACCCUCAAACUCAACUACCACAACCACAACCACAACUGAGGCACCUUCAAGUAACUCAACAACAUCUGCAUAAAGGGAGGCUUUAACGCUUUUGAAGGAUGUAUGAAACUAUUAUGGGAAUCCAAAGAUUAUGUAAAUAAAAAAAAAAAAUAAAGAAGCCCUCGUACAUACUUGAUGAAAAAUAAA